AGAGCGUACUUCACGCAACAUCUUUCAUCUAGAGGGAGUCUAAACGCGGAUUGGCCUACUAUUCAUCUAAAAGUGGUGACUUGGAGAUAGCAGACGUCCCCAAGCGUCAGGAAAAGAGUGAGUGUUGUGUUGAGUGUUGGGAUAAACGGUGAUAAAUAACGACAGCUUUAUCCCAAUAAUAAAGAGUCUUGUGCGCUUGUUACUGAAAUGUGCUGAAUGCAGAAGGGGACGCGCGAUGCGUUAACGUAACAGGUGGCACUUUAUGGUAACAAUGUUUGUUUUUUUAGCAUGUGUGUCAAUGUCAAACGUCAGGUUUAUAGUAACGAGUUAGCAGCUAACUACAUGCUGAAGUGGAGGAAUGCACCUUUUGAAAACAUGAAGCGCUUAACUUCCCAAAGGAAAACCCGCACCGAGAAAGAAAAGGAAGCUGCUAUUCAUGAACUUUUUAACGUGAGCAAAGAGACUUUUUAACUACCAAAACGGAUCGAGUGGAGACAAAUUUCGAUUAACGGACAUCAGGAUGUUUUCUGCUCAGGGUGGUUUGAAUUACACUUCAUACUUCAACAUGAGCGAUGACCGGGAGCCGGGAGACGCGCCGGCUGGCACGGGGACGAUCUCCCCGGCGGGCUUCGUAGUGCUGUCCGUGGUGCUGGGCUUCAUCAUGACUUUUGGCUUCCUAAACAACUUCAUUGUUCUGCUUUUGUUUUGCAAAUUCAAGAAGCUGCGAACACCAGUGAACAUGCUGUUGUUGAACAUCAGUGUCAGUGACAUGCUGGUGUGUUUGUUCGGCACCACUCUCAGUUUCGCCUCCAGUAUUCGGGGGAAGUGGCUGCUGGGACGCAGCGGCUGCUCCUGGUACGGUUUCAUCAACUCCUGCUUUGGUAUUGUAUCGCUGAUCUCUCUGGUGAUCCUCUCCUAUGACCGCUAUAGCACUCUGACUAAAUACAACAAGCAUGGUCCAGGCUAUCGCAAGCCUCUGCUGGCUGUUGGCGGCUCUUGGCUGUACUCUUUUUUCUGGACAGUGCCCCCUCUGUUGGGCUGGAGCAGCUAUGACAUAGAGGGGGCUGGAACCAGCUGCUCUGUGUCCUGGAAAGUUCAGACGGUCCAGUCGCACGCUUACAUCAUCUGCCUCUUUAUAUUCUGCCUGGGUCUACCCAUCCUGGUGAUGAUCUACUGCUAUAGCAGACUGUUAUGGGCAGUUAAACAGGUGGGUAAGAUAAGAAAGACUGCCUCGCGGAGGAGAGAGUACCACAUACUGUUUAUGGUUUUGACCACAGCGGCCUGCUACAUGUUGUGCUGGAUGCCUUAUGGUGUUGUGGCCCUGAUGGCAACAUUUGGCCCUCCCAACAUCAUUACUCCUGUGGCCAGCGUGGUGCCCUCACUACUGGCCAAGAGCAGCACUGUCAUCAACCCUCUCAUCUAUAUAUUCAUGAACAAACAGUUCUACAGGUGUUUACUGAUUAUGUUCCAAUGUGAUCACCGGUCAGCAGAGAACAACAACAUCUCGAUGCCCUCCAAGACCACGGUGAUCCAGUUGAAGCGCAGAGUCUAUAGCAACACGGUGGACUGCACCGCACACAUCUCCACUGAUGCUCUCAACCAGUGUGGCAGCACCUCGGCCACCAAGCAAACAAACCCCCCAGAGGUCACAACCUGAGCCUGAAUAUUCUCAACAAUGGAGCUCGACAGCUACACUUACGUGAACUGCCGUGGAUGUGAACUAAAGCAUGAUGCAAUAAGAAAGUAAAUCAACUUUAACUCUUUUUUUAACUCUAUGCAGACACCUGAAUAUAACACCUACAGCAUUGUUUGUGAUUGUUGGACAUCUCAUUCCUAAACCAAGGACAUGGUAUGCUGCUAUACCAGCCACCAGUUUUCCGGGAAAGCUUUCCAAAAUAUUUUGCACAUAUUUUGCCACAAUUUAAAGGCCAGGCACUGAUGUUGGGGGAUUCGGCCUGGCUCACAGUCAAAAAAAAGAUGAAGGGUUUAGGUCAGAGCUCUCUGCAGUAAUUCGGAAAACCAUUCCUUAAUUGUUCUUGCUUUGUGUACAUGGGAUUUGUAAUGUUAAAUUGGUUAAGGUUGUUAUUGUUAUUUAUGUGUUAUAGAUUUUGGAUUUCCCUUAAUUGGAACUAAAGACAAAAACAAUGUUCUUAAUUCUAACACAAUUCUACUCUGUUUACCAUAUGGAGUACUUUACCCUUGUUUAUUGGUCUCUCUGUUGCUUGUUGUUUGUCAUUGUGCUGCUGUAAAUGCCAAUAGCCGUGCUUCUUCAAUGAGAAUCUUCAGUGGAUUGAUGUAUUCAUCGUGUAAAUGGUGUCUUUUCCUCUUCUUUAAAAGGUGAAAAGGUAAAGGUACUUUAUUGUCACAUACAGAUAGCAAAAUUCAUUCUCUUCAUUUAACCAUCCCUCAAGAGCUGUGCUAUGGCGGCAAAUGUUGCGGCAUCCUGAAAAUUGUCACACAAUUUGCCUUUUAACCUGUGUAUAUUUCUAAUUGUAUAAUUUUGUUCUUUACAGUAGGGGUUUAUUUUAAUAAUUUUAUUUCUGUGAUAGUGAUCUCUUUUAAUAUAAUUGCUUUGGGUUGUUGCGUGAUAUUGUUGCAAGUUUCUUUGUACAUUAAAUUCACUGGUCACACCUAUGGUCUCACUAGUAAGUAAAAGCUGUGACAUAGAACCUGUGUUCAAAACUGGUCUCUAUCACGUAAACAGUGCAUUAUAUAGUGUGUUCCCCAUUUUGUAGUGGUGUUCGAAUUAUCCGCAGUCAAUUUCACUUACUAUAGUCCACUACAAAAUACCUACAAUGCGCAGAUCAUUUGAGUGUACAUACGAUUUACACUACAUUUUACUCCCGUAUACCACAAUGAAACGUGGUCUUGUUUUCCCAGAGGAGAAGAAGAAGCAGAAGCACCUGCACAAAAACUCAAAAGGAAAAAUGGAGAGAGCCCUAGUUUCUAAACAGUGGAAAUGUAAAAUGCAAGAAAUAUACAACAUUUUACUUUACUCCUGGGUGCUUGGUUUGUUUCAGGGACGUAUUAGCAGUAUUUUU